GGCCGCGCCGGCUCUCAGGGGCGGAGAGGGUGUGUGCGGCUGGGGCUGCGGCUGGUUCUCCCUGUGCUGCUCGCCCUGGCUGCACGGUGAGGCGGGCGUGCGCGAGGGACGGCCGGGCGUGCAGGGGGUCAUGGCAUCGCUGGCCGAGCGAGUCUGGGGCCACGGGCGUAUCGCCGCCGGGCUCCUGUUCAACCUCCUGGUGUCCAUCUGCAUCGUGUUCCUCAACAAAUGGAUCUAUGUGCACCACGGCUUCCCCAACAUGAGCCUGACCCUGGUACACUUUGUGGUCACCUGGCUGGGCUUGUACAUCUGCCAGAAGCUGGACAUCUUCGCCCCCAAAAGUCUGCCGCCCUCCAAGCUCCUCCUCCUGGCUCUGAGCUUCUGUGGCUUUGUGGUCUUCACCAACCUCUCUCUGCAGAACAACACUAUCGGCACCUAUCAGCUGGCCAAGGCCAUGACCACGCCGGUGAUUAUAGCCAUCCAGACUUUGUGCUACCAGAAGAGCUUCUCCACCAGAAUUCAACUCACGCUGAUUCCUAUAACUUUAGGUGUAAUCCUAAAUUCUUAUUACGAUGUGAAGUUUAAUUUCCUUGGAAUGGUGUUUGCUGCUCUUGGUGUUUUAGUUACAUCUCUUUAUCAAGUGAGGACUUAUUUAAAGCUGGCAGGAGUAUGGUUCCGAUUUCCUGCUCUUCUGAUUGUCUUGUGGGUAGGUGCCAAACAGCAUGAGCUGCAAGUAAACUCCAUGCAGUUGCUGUACUACCAGGCUCCAAUGUCAUCUGCCAUGUUGCUGGUCGCUGUGCCCUUCUUUGAGCCAGUGUUUGGAGAGGGAGGAAUAUUUGGUCCCUGGUCAGUUUCUGCUAUGCUUAUGGUGCUGCUGUCUGGUGUAAUUGCGUUCAUGGUGAACUUAUCAAUUUAUUGGAUCAUUGGAAACACUUCACCAGUCACCUAUAACAUGUUUGGACACUUCAAGUUCUGCAUUACUUUAUGUGGAGGAUACAUUUUAUUUAAGGAUCCACUGUCAAUUAAUCAAGGUCUUGGCAUUUUAUGUACAUUAUUUGGCAUUCUCGCCUAUACUCACUUCAAGCUCAGUGAACAGGAAGGAAAUAAGAGCAAACUUGUGCAACGUCCUUGAGUUUUUGUGGAGAAGAGAAAGUUGCCCCAAGACAAAAAAGUGUUAAGUUACUUUCAAAAAUGAAAAAAAUUGUAGUGCAAAAUUUACUGAAUGGUUUAUAAGAAGUAAUAUAAAUAUUAUUCACAGAUGUGACUUUUUUAAUGGUAACAAAGUUUAUUUGAAAAAGUAAAAGUGAAGAGUGAAGGAGAAACUGGCUCUACAAAAUUUGAUCUUGGGCCGAAUGAAAGAGGAAAAAGCAAGAUAAAAGAACACCCUGGAGCUGGAUGUGGUGAUGCACGUCUGUAAUCCCAGCACUCGGGAGGCAGAAGCAGGAAGAUUGCCAUGAAUUCAAGACUAGCCUGAACUACAUAGCAAGACCCUGUCUCAACCCCUGCCUCAGAAGAGAGGGAACACCAUGGAGGAAGCAGGGUAGGCUAUCUUGAGGAAAGCCACAAUAGCGAGCUUUAUCAGGGAGCUCCUUCUAAAAGGGGCUCGCCAAAUAAAUGUUACUGGUUUUGGCUUGCUCGCCACUCCUUCUGGAAUGAGAUUCAUGUUCCCUUCAUCGCAAAGAAUUGAAUGAAAUGAGCAAAAAGCAGUGACAAAGUUGAUUUGAAAAGGUAAAAGUGAAAAGUGAAAGAGAAAAUGGCUCUGCAAAGUGAGGGUGGGCCUAGUAAAAGCAGAAAAAGCAAAAUAAAAGUAUACCCUGGAGGACACAGAGCAGGCCUUUCCUUUUCGUGAGGAAAGCCACAAUAGCCACAAAUCUGACUUUUUUAGUACCUUUUUCAAAAAUUAAAUUUCAAAAACUUAAGCUGGGCAUGGUGGUGCACAGCUAUAAUCCCAGCAUGUGGGACACUGAAGCAGGGGAGUUGCAAGUUCAAGGCCAGCCUGGAAUCUGUCUCCAAAAAAAAAAAUCUCAAAAACCAAAAUGGUUUGUGCUGCUUUUCAAAGAUGAUUAUAGGACAGCCCACUUAUACCAAGUGAAAUACAUGAAAAGUAAAGUUCUGUAAUAAUAAAGGAUUCUGUAUUCCAGUACUACAGAAGUAUGUUUUUUUAGUAUUCAUAUUCUUCUUAGGGCAUGUAAGAUCCCUCUACUUCCUAGUAGACAGUUUUCCAUUGUGAGAUGUAUUAUAAUUUUGGUCAUAGUGUUAAGGGGUGGUGGGGCUCAAACCCAGAGCCUUGCACACUCAAGUUAAAUACUCUGCUGCUGAGUUAUAUCCAUACCCCUAAGUCACAUUUGAAAAAGGAAUAAUUUUUUGAGAUACGAAGGAAAUACAUGAUUUCUGAUUAACAAAUACUAUAUAGUGCCACAUAUGUAAUUGUAAAAUGUAUUUCUACCUUCCAAUAUCUUGACAUUUAAAUCUUUUUUUGGGGGGGGGGGUACUGGGGAUCGAACUCAGGAUCUUGUGCUUCUGAGGCAGGAGCCGGAACCACUGAGCUAAAUCCCUGGCCCAUAAAUCUUGAAGUUAUUAACUUCACAGCAAAUUUAAAUUGAGACAAAUCAUUCCUUUGAUAAUAAAUAAUUCUUUUUCCAAACAUAAACUUUCUGUGAAAAAGGAACAUAAGAAAACCGCUAUAUGGGCCAGGGAUUUAGCUCAGUGUUGGCCUCCCAAGCGCAAGGACCCGAGUUCGAUCUCCGGUACCAGAAAAAAGAAAACAGCUACAUGUACAAAAUAUACCUUCAAAAAGAUGAUAAAUUUUGGUAUGUCUUAUUGCAAUAACAAACACUCAUAUAUAUCUUUUAGAUAUUUUUGAAUUCUUUCCUGGCUCAUUUAAAGUAAAAAGCUUCACUGAAAAUCAGCUUUGAAGAAUUCAGCUUGUAAGUCAAUCUGCUGUAUGAUUAGCAUGUAUGGUUGUCUGUUUUUGUUUUAAGUAUUCUUUGGUUCUCAGUUUACAAAGAUAUCUUUUACUGUGCUAAGAAGGACAGAGUAUCUCAUCUCUGAUACAUGAGCCUCAAGUAUUUUCUGUGUCUAAGAAACUUUCUCUGGGUAUGUUUAAGUUAACCUAGUUAUUUCCCAGAAGCUGGAGGAAAGUAUUCACAAUGAGUAUUAUUUGAUUUAAGUACAGUGAGCACUAAGAACUGAGUUGAUUUGUUCCAUGUACAAAUUCUUAAUUGUAAAUAAAACUUGGGGGCAGUGUGGGGACUUAUAAUAAAUGAGUGAUGUCAGUAGGAAUGCCAUAAGAAAGUUAGAGCAAGUUGGGUAAGGGUGUGUGUAUAUAAAUGAAUAAAAUAUGCUAAAAUCUUGAGUGUGGUGUUUUUGCCCUGAAGACAAUCAUUACAUUGAAAAGAAAUUCCUGGGGGAAAAUGCGCCACAUGACUGGGACCAAGCACAGAGACAAGCUAGAUGCCGUGCUUUGGAAGAAAACAUGCUGUCCUUUUGUUACCAUAUAACUGGACUUAUUUUUUCAUCCUAUGUUAAAUGACUUAAGUUUUAUCUGUUAACAAUAAAAAGGCCCUUUUUAAAAAAA